CAUCUACGGGGCAUGCUGAGCCGUGAUGCUGCUGCCUCACGCAGCCUCGGUAUCGGCAAAGAGCGAGCGAACAAGCAAUCACCAGUGCUGCUCAAUCAUCCCAGUACCUCUUCGUCGUAUGUCGCCAUCCUGCCUCGUCGUCACUGCCAUUGUCGAAUCGGCGGGUCUCAUCAGACAUCUCGGCCAAUAUCGAUAAUGGCAGCGGCCCAGACAAGCCCUCAAUGGAUGCGAAUCAGCCGAUCGAUUGGCAGCACAUAUUGAGGGAGCACAGGGCAUGUGUGUUCGCCCCCCGCAGCUCUGAUCCUGCACAGAGGCUGCUGAUCGUGUUGACUAUCCCUGAUUGGAAUGAGGUGUUGCUCGUCCACAUCUCCUUGAAAUUGGUCCCCUGGACCCUCUGGAUGCGGUCGUUGCGAGAGCUUUACCAGCUUAGGAUAUGGCAUCGCAACCCGAAAGGACAGGAUCGCCUAUGCUGGACUCGAGCAAGCCGGCAGUCGCCCCUGCCACCAACACCCACUCGAGUUCGCGGAGCAUCACAUAUCCAGAACGGCCUGUGUGGACUGAAGUGACUAUGGACUCACCAGUAGUCGACAUCGACAGUCCGGUACCCGUCCCGGACAGCAUCGACGAGCCGCUCAAAACAAGCCCUCCCACUACACAUUCCCCUAACUACCGCUGGAGCAGCAUACUGAAUGUUCGUCCCACGCCUGGAGACUUGCGGCAGCUGGCAAUUUGCCUAUCAGCUUUUCUCGUGGCUGCGGUGACCUAUGCCCUUCUACUAGUACCCUGGAUAUACGUUCGAUCUUUGAUCCCCGAGUGUGUCAACCAGCUAGAUGGCUUUGUCUGCAGCAUUCCUCAAAAGCUGCUGUAUAUCUCCCAGUUCACGCUUCUGUCGGCUUGCAUCUGGACCAGCAAUACUACCACGCUCCGCCGCCCCAAGAGCCAGUAUACAUGGCACAUACCCGUCGUCUUUGGAGUGGCAUCGCUUUCAACGUGUCUGUCGCCGAUCGUCUUUGAUUCGCUGUGGAGUAUCACACAGCUGGCGCUGUCGUUGGUGAUCUAUUCGAUUUUCCUUGUUGUGGGACUGACGAUCGUUCCGCGCAAGGUUCCCCUCAAGACCUUCCUCAUCUGGAUCCAGCCGCUGAUGGCAGGGUACUUUGUGUGUUUCAUCGUUCUUGUGGGAAUCUUUGGAGUGGCCUGCUGGAGACUCAUGGCUUGGUCGGAAAGCAUCGCCGCCAACCCAGUUGCCAUCGAUAUCGAGUACAGUCUGGCUCCAGUGGCCCUGGGAGGAUGCGGCAUCUUGGCCCUCUGGGUGCUUGAAAAGUCGCUGUUGCUGGUCGAUCGACACUUUGCUGCGCUCGAGAAGAAUCCGCUCCCUGUCAACACAAAGGGCUUCGCAACCCUGCGGGUCAUUCAUACGAAGAACCUCAGUCGGCCCAGCGGUUGCCGCUCGGCUCUGUCGCGGCGAGGACCAGUCCUCCUCGAGUCUCGCAUGGCCACGGGCCGGGAAGUUUGGACGUCGGUUCAGCGGGUGCAUCUGACUGCCUUUGUGACAUCUGCCUUUGCGGGUGUUCAAACGAUCCUCACACUCUCCUCAAUGUACAGCUCUCCUCGUACAUACGUGCUCAAUCUAACGUUUACCGUACUAUUGAACG